AUGAAUAAAGAGAAUCUUCCAAAGUAUACUGAACUACCUAAUCAAAUAUUUGAAGCCCAACAAGAAAGUAACGGAUCAUCACAAGCGACGUUAGAAGUACAAGCUCAACAACAAUCCCAACAAGAAGAAAUAAAUACACUACAUGAUCAAGAUCUUGAAAGAUCAAGUUGUCCACAAUGUGAAGAAUUGAAAUUAAAAUUAAAAGAAAAGAAUAAUGAGAUCGCAAAGAUUAUAUUUGUAUUCUUGUUGAUAUCGCUAAUAUUUUUUGCAUUUAUUGUUUCUGGUCCUCGUCAUCGUGGACCACCACAUUGA